AAACAAUACUCGAAAUUCUCAUAUAUGGUCAAGAUGGCCCCUAAUUCAACUCGGAACGGCAAAUUAUCGGGAAUUUGAACUCAGCUCGGAAGAUUAGUUAUCUGCGUAUAACUUGGAGCGAUACUCGCCUGUAAUCCUCAACUGCGCAUAUCAUGACUAAUAGUUAUCGUAUCCUCGUAGCAUCGUACAGCAACAACGUUUAUUCCCUUUUAUUCGACCCCUCGACGCCCUCGUUGACUCGCACUUCCUCCAUUGAAGCUGGCUUCCAUCCAUCAUGGAUCACUCAUUAUCCCGGGGAUACCUCUCUUGUCUUCGCAUCUUUGGAGCAGGCAAAUGGAAAGAUAAUCGUGCUCAAAUACGACAAUGAAGCCAACGGUGCCAUCGUAGCUGAAUCGUCCAGCGGAGGAGACGAUCCUUGCUCUCUUCUUGCGACCAAAGACCAACUGCUGAUCGCGAAUUACUCUUCUGGACACGUCUCCGUUCUUCCGAUUUCCCCAGAGCCGCCGUAUAUUCUCAAGCAGACCCCGACUACUAUAACGCUCACGGGCUCCGGACCUAAUAAAGACAGACAACGAUCGGCGCAUCCUCAUCAAGUGUAUCUCAAUGCAGAGUAUGAUGAAGUCCUCGUACCUGACCUGGGCGGUGACCGCGUCUACCGAUUUAAGCAAAAUGCGGAAGGAUCGUGGAUGGCUCAGAGCCAUAUCACUUACGAGCCUGGUGAAGGACCUCGCCAUGUCGCAUUUCACAACGGUACUCUCUACACCCUUCUCGAGCUCAUCAGCACCGUAGCCUCUCAUCGCCUCCCACCUCAGCCAGCGGAGCCUUCCUUCCUCCACACCGUAGCAACGAUGUCUCAACCACCGCCCUCUCCCACCGACAUGCUCGCCGCAGAAAUUCUCCUUCCUCAUCCAAACGCGACUUUUCCAAUACCGUAUAUAUAUGUCUCGAACCGUAACGACCCUUCUCACGACGGGGACAUCAUCUCCAUCUUCUCCACGGAAGCCAAACUCAUCGCCGAAGUGCGUUCGGGGCUCAAGCAUCUCCGUGGCAUGGCUUUUGGCGGGCCGGAUGACAAGUGGUUGAUUGCUGGAGGUGUGCACGGGGGAGGCAUCAAGAUUUUCGAAAGGGUUAACGAAGGAAAGGGAUUGGUGGAGAUUGCAGGCAAUACAGAAACUGAAUCUCCGACUGGGUUUUUGUGGCUAUAGACCUCAUGACUUUGUACGAGAGAAUGAUAAAUAAGCGCCAAUUUUGCC